CGCGCAUGGAUGAAGACGAUAGGAAACCAGUACUAGAGAGCAUUGCGCAGCUGGACCCUUUGGAUGGUGCAAACCUACUGAGCAGCAUUACGCGCAUGGACCCUGUCGAAGGGAAACGAGUACUAGAGAGCAUUGCGCCGCCGGACCGUUUUGAGGCUGCAAACCUACUGAGCAGCAUUACGCGCAUGGAUGAAGACGAUAGGAAACGAGUACUAGAGAGCAUUGCGCGCAUGGAUGCAGACGAUAGGAAACGAGUACUAGAGAGCAUUGCGCCACUGGACCCUUUUGAGGGUGCAAACCUACUGAGCAGCAUAACCCUCAUGGAAGAAGGCGAUAGGAAACGAGUACUAGAGAGCAUUGUGCGCAUGGAUGAAGACGAUAGAAAACGAGUACUAGACAGCAUUGCGCGCAUGGAUGAAGACGAUAGAAAACGAGUACUAGACAGCAUUGCGCGCAUGGAUGAAGACCAUAGGAAACGAGUACUAGAGAGCAUUGCGCCCAUGGAUGAAGACGAUAGGAAACGAGUGCUAGACAACAUUGAGAUACUUGGGCACUUUCAGACCAAGAGUUUAUUUCAGGCCUUCGGUAUGGAGCCCGUUUCUCCCUCUCUGCGUCCAUACGCCCAGUGCAUUGUGAUUAAC